CUCACACCAGCAUACUCGUUCACGGACUAUCAGUCACCUGUAGGUCAGACUAUCAAUAAUGCCAUUAUAGACAUUGCAACACCACCUACCGCGGGGCUUACUUCAUUCAAUGUCUACGUCGCACUAUCGCAAGCUCGUGGCCAAUUGGACGGAUUUCGGUUGUUGACGAGAACUUGCUGA